GUAGCGAAGUUGGGGUGAAGUUGAAGUUGCCCAUAGACAUGGCGUCCUUGACUGCGGCGCGAAGCAAGUUCUCGGUGUGGGCGAGAGGUUCAGCUUGUGGCAUCGUUCACUUUCUCUCCAGUCGGACGUUUUGUUCCAAAGGUGCUAUUGCUGGGAAAAACAUUGAGCAAGCAGUUUACCAAGAAACUUUGCUAUCCAACCCCCCUCUAUUGCCUGAAAUUGUGCUGAAUCUCAUCACUCCAGAUUGUCGUCUCUGGUGGAGUAAAGUUGAAGCUACAAAUACUUGGUUUGCUGAUCCUUUCUGGGCUUUUUGUUGGCCUGGAGGACAAGCUCUCUCAAGAUACAUCUUAGAUAAUCAAAAAGUGGUGAAGGGGAAGAAUAUCUAUGAUGUUGGAAGUGGAAGUGGUGUGUGUGGAAUUGCUGCAUGCAUGGCUGGAGCUGCCCAUGUUAAGGCUUUUGAUAUUGAUCCAGUUGCAUGUAAAAUUGUGGAGCUGAAUGCAACAGCGAACAAGGUUGACAUGGAAGUCACAUGUCAAAAUAUUCUCCAAGAAACUCCAGACAAAGAUCCACCUAAUGUCAUUCUCCUUGGGGACAUGUUCUACGAUGAGGCAUUGGCACUUCAGAUGUGUCACUGGCUUAAAUGUCAACUUGAAAACCCUCAGCCUCCAAUGGUGCUCAUAGGAGAUCCAGGACGAUGGGCAUUUUGUCACAGCACUCAUCCCUUUAAUUUUAGAUGUGUUGCCAAGUAUCUCCUUCCUCCUACCUGCAAGGAAGAGAAUAAUGGUUUUGUACAUAGUUUUGUGUGGGAACAGUGGGAGUCCAUAUUGCCUCAAGAAAUCAUGACCAUGAAUGUGGAAAUUCAUCACAUGACCAAAAAAGCCAGUGCCAAAGUGGGCCAGUGUUUGAGACAGGCAUUACCCUCUUGGGUGUGAGUCAAAGGGGGCAUCCAUCUUAAUAUUGGUGGGAGGAGAAGAGAAAGAGGAAAAUGUCAAGAAUCAGCAAGAC